UUGAAGGCUCCCGCCCCGAAUGAGGCUCCGAUAGACAAUCCAGUCGAGGCCUGGAUCCAAGUCCUAGACAAUGACCUCGCCCAGCUUGCCCUUAUAGCUCAACAAUCUCGUAGGUUGCGUAUCUUACGCAUGCAAGCCUGGAGCUCUCCAUCUCCUGAAUCCGUCGAUAGUCCCGAGAAUUAUCUCUCACUACCCACGAUGGAAGCCCUACUUUCGGUGAAGAAUCUGAGCGUUCCAGUGCUAGAUCUACCCGCCAGCUUUGUGGUUUCAUCAGGAGAGCAAGGGAAUAGCGGUCAUAUUUGUCCAGCUAUAUGUGCCCUUCGUGGCACUCUCAGAACCCUUCAGGUACACAUGGGCAGCAUCUGCCCCGAAGUUUUGAAGCCUCGAGACCCUAAUGACAAUCUACCCCUGAGCGUGGUAUUCAUCAAGCUGAGCCUGAUCAGGGUCCUACCGUGGGUAACAUCGGCGGCUCACUCCAGAUGGUGCUGUCCCCUUGAUGAUCUCUUUCUUUGCGACUGGAUUCCUUCCGACAACUUAAUUGACCACCCUGAUUAG